UGAAUUUAGUCACGAGUGAAUCUUUUUUUUGCCUUCCGGUUUUCUCCACAAUGAUGCCGGCAUCCGGCAUCACAAAAGAAAGAUCCAUCUCGGAUCCUUCCUCCUUUCCAGUUGAUAAAGUUGUUGUCUCUUCACUUACUCUCCUGUGCGAGCAAUCGACCUCUAGCUUUCCAGUCCAGUCCAUUACUUACUAUCAUAACUUAAGAAUAGAACAAUGCCGACUCCUCUUCGCUGCGAUCCAAAGUUGUUUGAGAAGGAUCUUUCGGAACAGGUGUACAUCGUGACAGGCGCCAAUAGCGGCUGUGGUUUGGAGACAUCUCGUCAACUCUGCAAGCAAGGUGCCACGGUGGUGUUGGCAUGUCGGAAUGCCGAACGCGGCGAAGAGGCAGUCAAAGACAUUGGAUCAGGCGCCGUCUUUGUGACGACACUCGACUUGUCGUCGUUGGAAUCGGUACGAGCCUUUGUCAAGGCAUUUCAAGAAAAAUACACGCGACUCGAUGGUCUGGUCAAUAACGCCGGUGUCAUGGCGUGUCCCUACGCCAAGACCAAAGAUGGCUUUGAAUGGCAAUUUGGAUGCAAUCACUUGGCGCAUUUUCUGUUGAUGCAUCUCUUGACACCUCUUCUCCUCGAAACGGCCGAAAAGACCAGCAAACCCAGUCGCUUUGUGGCGCUCUCUUCCGUGGCGGCUGGUCUGUCGACCUUGCGGGAUGUACCCGCCAAUGUGGAUUUUGACGAUCUCAUGUGGGAAACCCGAGAGUACGACGAAGGUUUGGCGUACGGACAGAGCAAAUUGUCCAAUUACUUGCAUGCCACGGAAGCGGGCAAAAAGUAUCCUGCUGACAAGCUCAUUUCCACCAGUGUCCAUCCUGGAUGGGUUCUCAGUCCGUUGGAUGUACACGUCUUUAAGAAAAUGUUUGGAGAGGGAUUCUUUGCCAAUCUUGCUGGCAAUUUAGCACGCAAAUUCUUUUUGCUCAAGGGAGAUAUGAUCACUCCUGUUGACGGGGCCCAGAGUACGCUACAUUGUCUCUUGGAAGAUGCCGACAAGAUAGAGUCGGGCAAAUUCUACAGUCAGUUUGGUAUCUACAAAGAUCCCGAAUCGAAACCAGGAGGUUGGCCCAUGGAACUCAAGAACCCCAACGUGACGGAGGAAAUGCCAGGCAAACUCUGGGAGGCUAGUGAGAAAUUGGUGGGAGUGUAGAAAACUUUCCGGGUGAUGGGCCCUAUCGGCUUGGCGGGAGAGUAAAAGCACCAGCGAGGAUGCACUACACGCCAACUCUACAUUACUUCAAGGAAACAGAGUGUAGUAUUUAUGGUUGAAACCGGUUCGUGGGAAAAGAGAUAGUCUACAUGUAGGACUUUUAAACUAAUCUAAGCUUAUGUG